CCUUGCCUCUGUCUAGUGAAUAGUCUGAGGGCUUGUUCCGAUUUCACAAUACCCAGGUGUAAUAACAUUAACAGUUACAUUUCCUUUUAGUCAUAUUCCCUGAUGUAGCUUUUGAAGAUGGUAGUUGUUAUCUGGUUUUGUGUGAAGGGAGUGGCACUGUGGCAAUCAAAAUCGCCUUAAUUUUCCUAAUCGAUGGAAAAGUAAAGCCUGGAUGUGCAUGUCAAGUUCAAGCCGAGCAAAGGUAAAGUUUAACAGAAGUUCAUGUGUCAUUAAUUUUAUGGCUAAUGAAAGGACUAAUAUUCUCCUCCAACUUCCACUCCUUGUUUUCUAGAAACUCUCUCCUCAUAAAUCAGCCAAGUUGCCUGUCCAGUUGGACCACUCCUCUACUUCGCCAACAUGUUUCAGCAUGGGUUGGGAAUUCUGCUGUGAGGCAUUCUGCUCUUGAAGACAGAUCCAGCUCCUUAGGAUUUGGGUGUGUUUGCAUGCUUGUACGACUCAUUCAAACGAAACUGAAGUGACUAAAAUUCUUUAAUUAAUACAUUGAUGCAGUGCAGUUCUCGUUAUGUGAAACUUGAGGUGAAUCAAUGCUUUUGAUGAAACCAGCUUGCCAAGAUUGCACAAAUUUGAUAUUGAUUAUUAGUAUAAUUAACCUCACUUCCUAAAUGUCUCUGCCUCCCUUUGUUUGUUCACUUACAGUCUCUCAGCAAUUCUAUACAAAACCAGAACAAUAGAAAACAAAAAUGUUCUGCUGACAGGCAGAACUAACAGUGUGUACAUUUGUUGUGUGUGCAUUACUGUGAGUGCGCAUUUAUCCACCGUAAGCCUUUGUUCAGCACUGAAAUGUGUGAAACCAUGAAUACUGGCCAAACAUCAACUCGUGUCCUCUGCUAUCUACUACCAACUGUUGCAAUGCCACAGAAAAAGACAAAAGCCUCUUGUGCUGUCUAUCCCAUCCUGUUGGUUCUCCCAUCUUGCCUAAUUUGCACUAGUGAGAAUUUAAAGUAAAGAAAAAAUGAAGCAUCCAAGCAGAUUGAUAUGUGCAGGGAGGCCUCAGAAAAUGCACAGACGGCUCAAACAUACACCACUGACAUUCACAGAAAAAGGAGGGGGGACUUCGGAGUUGCAAAGAGCAUAACUACCAAUGACUGACUGAUCACUGAGAACGCACACCUAGAGAGAAAGGUUUCAUUGUUUAGAUCUUUCUCUUCUGCGGUUGCACUGAUGUUAGCAGGAAAGAAGGAAAAGGAGGAAGACUCAUAAGGCAACAUUUCUUACCAAGCAAUGUGAUAGGCAAAGUGAGGGAAGAAAAGGGAGUGGCUGAGAAACUAGUAAACUAGACACAAGGCAAGGGAAAAGAUAAGGAAAAUCACACUGACAUCAGCACUGAAGACAGGUGCUUGGCGAAGCAGUCCUUGGAUCUGAAUCUGGAUCAGACACUCCAGGAUAGCUCAAAUAAGAAGUUGAAGGAACAAAUAUAAGUACUGAUCAGAUUGUUGCGUUCACGUGCUGCUCUCAGAGCCCCUUGUAGUGGGAGUUAUGGCAAGCUACCUGUACUACCUGCUCCCAGCAGUAGGGGGCUACGCUCUCACGUCGCUCUUCUUUCUGAAGAACCCUCAUAUUCUGCACAAGAAGAAACAGACAGCCUUCUACUGCACCCACAUCUCUCACAGGGGAGGCUGUGGUGAAAAGAUCGAGAACACUAUGGAGGCCUUUACACAUGCUGUUGAAAUGGGCACAGAGAUGCUGGAGUUAGACUGUCACUUGACUAAAGACGGUCAUGUGGUUGUGUCACAUGAUGAGAACCUCCUGCGGCAGACUGGGCAAGAUGUCAACAUUUCCUCCUUAAACCUGGAGGAGUUGCCACCUUAUAAUGAGACACUCGAGGUGACCUUUAAGACAGGCCACUUCAGCACUGGGUCAGAUAGAAACCUUGCGUUAUUAGAGGAUGUCUUCCGCAAAUUUCCACACAUAGCUGUAAACAUUGAAGUGAAAGAGAAUAACAGCCUGCUGAUUGAGAAGAUUUCUGAUCUUGUGAAGAAAUACAACAGAGAGGCCAUCUCAGUUUGGGCCUCUGUUGACUCCACCAUCAUGGAAAACUGUUGCAAAACAAACUCCUCCAUGCCCUACAUGUUCACUGUAAAGCGGGGUUUAAUGCUGCUCCUGCUCUACUACACCGGUCUUCUGCCAUUUGUUCCCCUCGGAGAGAGUUUCCUGCAGUUCUACUUGCCACAAAUCAUAAACAGAGAAUACAUACCUGAAAUGUGGAUUAUGAGAAGCAGACUGGUCGUCUUUUUAAUUCAGAGACUAACAUUGAGAAAAGGGAUGUUCAAGCACCUCAGAGACAGAGGAAUUCAGAUUCAUCUGUUUGUGUGUAAUAAGGAAGAGGACAUUAAGACUGCAUUUGCUGCAGGAGCAACAGGAGUCAUGUCUGAUUAUCCCACCCUGUUAUCAAACUAUAUUAGAAGACACACACAAGACACGUGAUCAAACACAAAUACACAAUGUACUUAACCCUUGUCCAGUCAAACACACACACUGUACAAAUGCUGUUUACCUUUAAACAUACAGCCAAGUUUUAUAUCAAUCCCAUUAUUAGCUUAUCAGCACAGGCAUGGUUUAUGGUUUCAAAACUUGGUUUAUGCCAUUCUUCAUGGGACAUUUCUUGAGCAUGAACACACAUAGGAAUAAACAGAACUCAUAUAUUCUA